AUGGCGCCCUCGCGAACGUCUACCGUGAAAUCCAAGCAUGCGUCUAAACAUGCUGCGAAUAAAUCUGGAAUCAGGAAUAGCAAGACAAGUAGCAAACCACAAAGUGAUGGCGUCUCGAAGUCCAAGAAACCGAAAGGCAAAGGCCCACCUCCGAAACCACAAAAGAGCGCUGGGAAUCUCGCGACGUUGAGGAAGAAGCGGAGAGUGUACACGGAAAAGGAAUUGGGGAUCCCGGCACUGAAUAUGAUUACGCCUGUUGGUGUCGAGAAGCCGAAGGGGAAGAAGAAGGGGAAGGUUUUUGUGGAUGAUAGAGAAAGCAUGAUGACAAUUCUCGCCAUGGUGAACGCGGACAAGGAGGGCCAGAUUGAGAGCAAGAUGAUGAAGGCACGGCAGAUGGAAGAGAUCCGCGAGGCGAGGAAGGCGGAGGCGGAGAAGAGGCAGGAGAUCCGGAAGGCGAAGUUGGAUGAGACUAAAGAGGGGAUGAGGAAGAAGAGGAAGAGACCUAGUGCUGGAGAGGAGAAGGAUGAUACGAGGAGUGCCGGGACGAGGCCGUUGAAAUUGAAGAAGAAGAAGAGCGUUUCGUUUGCUUGA